UGCCUCUUUCUCCACUCCGCCGCUCAGGCUCAGCAGCCGAUUCCAGUGAGGCGAGUCCUCCACAGCCAGACUGAACUCAGCUCUCACUGAACUGAACUGAACUGACAGUGAACCCUCCUCACUUCGGAUUCGGAGACAUCGCCCUCGCCCGCUGAGCGCUGACCAACGGAAGGGAGCUACCGCGGCGGCGCCAUGGACUGCCAAGACGGCGCGGGCGCCGCUGCCAGCGAGAAUCGAUCCAAGGUGGCUUCAGAAACUAAGUCGAUUAAGCAGCCUACUUGGGUCUUCGUUGAGAAAGAAUCGGUACAUGACUUGAGAGAGCAAAUUCUCCUACUCACUGGGAAUGUUUGUCAUGAAGAAGAGGAAAUAUUACGAGCAGAUCUACUGGAGAAGCUCAACAGAUGUAAAAGGGAUACACUAAUCGAACUGUGCCGUUCGUUUGAUGUCAUUGGCUCAAGAGCUAAUAGGAAGGAGGAACUUGUGUCAUUUCUGAUGGAAUUCGUGAAGGGCCACUGUUCUGGCAUUGAUGGCACAAACUCCGAUAAGAAAAUCAAGAAAAAAAGGCGUACGAAAGAAGAAGAAAGUUUGUCUGGUGGUAAACCUUCAAAGAAAAAGAAACGAGAAGGUGAAGAGGAAGCUGAUGGGAGGAAUGGUGUGGAGGAUAGAGAAAAAUAUUUUGACUGUGACUUGAUGGAUAACAGAUAUAUAUGUGCUGAUAAUAAGAAAGGAAAAUUCCCCAAGGAACGAACCAACCUUGAGCCUGCUGAGAGGAUAAAUGGCUGUGUAUCGGAAGAUUUGGAUGGAGUAUCUCUCAGUGAAGUGCCAAAUCCUACAGAUGAAGCAAUGAUUACCACACCAUCUAAAAAGUCGGUAAAGAUUGCUGAUGGUGAUAGUACUGACAUGAAGGCUUUUAAAAAGACAUCUUCUAUUACCAAGAAAAAAGCAACUCCCAAGGAGGACUGCAAAGUCAAAUCUUGUGGUAAACAGGAGUCUAAAGGAGACACAAAACCACGAAAACUGACAAUGAAACCAAGUAAGGAUGAGCUGAGAGAAGCUGUCUUUCUUAUCUUGGAUACUGCAGACUUUGCCACGAUGACCUUUGGAGAUGUUGUAAAAGAAGUUGACAAAUACUUUGGGAAGGAUCUGUUUGAGAGAAAGCCACUAAUAAGGUCCCUGAUAGAAGAGGAGCUCUUUAGGCUAACGGAGGAGGCCGAGAAGAAGGAAUUGGAAGAGGAGGAAGUAGCAGAAGCAAAGGCUAGAGCUGAGCAAGCUGCCAAGGAAACGGCACAGGUUCGAACAGUUGAAUCUGGUAUUGACAAGCGAAAUGCACUUCAAGCUGGUUCAGAUGGUAAAACUAAAGACAGUUCAAAGGACACAAAUGACAGUCCUAAUGAAAAAGGCAUCAAUGGUGGGGCUUCUGUGAAGUCUGCUGUUAAGAGAAACAACAGUAAUGCUGCUGAAGGUUCACAAGACCACAAAGCCAAUGCUGAUACACAAAAUGAAGACAUCCAUGACGAAUUAACUAAGGAUGGAGAGGGUGAACAGGCUGCGCCCAUUGUAAACGGUGAUAGCGCCAUACAAGGUUCAAGUGAUGAUGAAGCUGAGACUAUGAAGAACAGCAAUGCUCAAGCCCUAGAAGGUUCUAAAAAUGACAAUGUGAAAGGGGCUAGCAAUGGAGAAAACAAUGUCACUGAAGACUGUAGAAAUGAAGAAGGCAGGGGUCAGAAUGUUGGCAGCAAUGCAGAAACUGGCAAUGGUUGUGAAGCUGAAGAAUUUAACAAUCGUGGAAAUGAUGGAUGUGCAGAACACACAGAUGGCAAAGCUCAGGAAGCUAAUCACAAUGAGAACAGUGCAAAUGUAGAAAUCCAUGGUGAUAAAGACGGCAAAGUAAAAGAGGGGGAUAUAAAUGCAGAACAAAGUCAGGCAGAUGCUGGUGGCAAUGGUAAAGCUGAAGAUGCUGAUCACAAUGCAAACGCCAAAGUUGAUGUAGAUUCUGUCAAGAAUGGUGCUGCUGAGAAUGGAAGGACUGAUGGCGAUGUGAAAGGCAACAGCGACAGCGCGGUUGAAGAAAGCCCAGUGUGAUGAGAUGGAUGUAGGUUGUAAAAGAAAGUUGAUUUGAGAUCCAGCUUAUGCAGGGCUUCUUGUAUCAGUAGAGGUUACAACUGAUGGCCUAACUCUUGUAGGAUAGCGAGUCACGGAAAGCUGAGGUCUGGCCUUGGAGAAUAGUUCGGUUAGUCAGUUAGAAACGGUCAGUUAUGUAAAUCCAGCUGGGCGCUGUUGUAUGAGAAACUUUUGUAUGGGCACUGAAGCAAGAAAUUCGGAAUGGCAUCUGUUAGUGAAGUUUCUUUACCUUGCCUGUGAUAGAUCACUGAGAAAGUGAAAAGUUAAGAUGGGUUUCUACACAUUACUCAUCCUUGUGUAAGCUAAGCUGUAAACAGAAAAAGAACAUGAAAUGUUCUGCAGAUUUA